AUGGAGGAACAUCAAUUAGUGAUUGAAUAAUUGGAAAACAUGAAGAAUUUAAAGCAGUUGUUCCAUAAAAUGAAGAAUGGAAACAUACGGAUUGUUGAUGCCUUUUCAAUCGUGAUUUAUAAAUUGAUUAGACAAUUUAGACCCUCCAGUUCAGAAUAUUUAGUGCUUCUUUAGGAAUUGUUUUAUUUGUCAAUAGAUAUGUAAUUGAUUCACACAAGCGAUCAAGUACUAAAAGUAUUGCUAAAGUAAUUUCCGACAUCUGAAAAAGUAUAAAGGUUGAAGGGAUACUUGUUAGAAGCCAAUGGAGAGGAUGAAAAUGCGUUGGUAGUAUACGAGAAGAUGUUGUCUGAGAAUUUGAUGGAUCAAAACACAAGAAAGAGGAAAGUAGCAUUGUAAAGAAGACAAAACAAUGUGGAUUAGGCAAUAGCCUUAUUGAAUACUUUUCUCACUUCAUUUCCCAAUGAUGCUGAAGCUUGGCUUGAAUUAGCAGACAUCUACUAAGAACAUCUGAACUACUCUAGGGCCUAAUUCUGUCUUGAAGAAGUCUUGUUGCUGAAUUCGCAAGAUCUACAUUUAGCAAUUAAAUUAGCAGAAGUCAAUUAUUCGAAUCAGAAUUACACAUAGGCCAAGAACUAUUAUUGCUUUGUUCUAUCCAAAAACCCAAAUGAACCAAGAUGCUUGUGGGGUCUAUUGCAAACAAUAAGAAAGAAGAAGAGAGAAGGAAAUGAUAAAGACCUAGGGACAAUUGUUAUAUAGGCCUUACAGAAAAUCUACAAAUAACAGCCAAUCAAAUAUCCAUUUGAAAAAGUCGCCCUUGAAAUACAAUAGUGA